AACACAGCAGCGCCUCCCCUGCCGGUCUCGGCUAGCUGCUCCUCCCCUGUUCCUGCUCUGUUUCGCUCACUGCAGCUGACUAGCCGAGGUGAGCUUGAGCUCCCCCCUGUUUCCACGUACACAAGGAAGAACAGUAGCUGAGCAGAGUUCACACACUCAGUAGCCAUGGUCGCGAUCACGGCGCCGAGCUCGAUCGACCAGAUCCCGCUGAUGCGGUGCCCCAAGGCCAAUGCGGGCCAGGCGGCCGCGGCCAUCCCGUGCGUCGACCUGUCGGCGCCGGGCGCGGCGGCCGCGGUGGCGGACGCGUGCCGCAGCGUGGGCUUCUUCAGGGCGACCAACCAUGGCGUGCCCGCGAGCGUCGCCGACGCGCUGGAGGCCGGUGCGAUGGCGUUCUUCGCGCUGCCCGCCCAGGACAAGGUGGACAUGUCCGGCGCCGCCCGGCCCCUGGGCUACGGCAGCAAGAGCAUCGGCUCCAACGGCGACGUCGGGUGGCUGGAGUACCUCCUCCUCUCCGUCAGCGCCAACUCCGUCAAGAUCUCCUCCCUGCCGCCCUCACUCCGGGCGGCAUUGGAGGAGUACACGGCGGCGGUGAGGGAGGUGGGUGGGCGCGUGCUGGAGCUGAUAGCGGAGGGGCUCGGCGUGGACCGUGCGCUGCUGCGGUCGAUGGUGGUGGGGCGGGAAGGGGGCGACGAGCUGGUGCGGGUGAACCACUACCCGCCGUGCCCGCUGCGGGCGCCGGGGGACUGCGGCGUGACGGGGUUCGGGGAGCACACGGACCCGCAGAUCAUCUCCGUGCUCAGGUCCAACUGCACCGCGGGCCUGCAGAUCAAGCUCCGGGACGGCAGGUGGGUCCCCGUGCCCCCCGACCCGGAAUCCUUCUUCGUCAACGUCGGAGACUCGCUGCAGGUCCUGACGAACGGGCGGUUCAGGAGCGUGAAGCACCGGGUGGUGGCGCCGGAGGGGUCGCACUCGCGGCUGUCCGUGAUCUACUUCGGCGGGCCGGCGCCGUCGCAGCGGAUCGCGCCGCUGCCGCAGGUGAUGCGGGACGGGGAGCAGAGCCUGUACCGGGAGUUCACGUGGGGCGAGUACAAGCGCGCUGCGUACGAGACCCGCCUCGGCGACCACCGGCUCGGCUCCUUCGAGCUGCGUGCCGCCAGCGAGCCCGCGGGCGGCGCCGACCCGCAGCCUCACUGCAGCAACAGCAGCACCUGCAUGCCGCCGCAGCAGCAGCAGCAGGUGGCGCAGGUGUACUAGCUGGAAGAGCACUGCCCCUGUGCUAGGCUAGGCUUGCUGCGGCCCUGAUCGAUCGAAUCAUCGAAUCGACCUCGCCUUUUGUUUAGGCCAUGUUUAGUUACUCCCAACUCCCAACUUUGACACUAUGCAAAAAGAAGAUUCCCCAUCACAUCAAA